UCUCCAUUAAAAGAAGAACAAAUCUGCGCAAAGUGAGUUGUUUAGCUAAACUGGCUGAUCUUUAUUUAGCUUAAAAUGGUUCGCUCUUGCGUCUACCCGGGAUGCUUAAACUUAAGUAAAGUGUUAAGAUUACGUGCGCGGACAUCCGAGGGAGAUACACCGUUAACAUUCCACACAUUUCCUGUAAAUGAUCCGGAGCGAUUGGAGUUAUGGCUUCUCGCUAUUGGUUGGGAUCUAAAUACACCAUGGAAAAAAAUCGAGACAUCCAGGCUGUGCAGUGAACAUUUCAGCUCCGAUGAUUACGAGCCAAAGAAGGGAAAGCCAAGACGACUUCUAAAAUCGUCUGCUGUGCCUGUACCUGUGCUGCUGUUUCAGCCAAAUCAGGUUCGACCAGCAGACACUGAACUACAAAAUGAAGAGCAAUGUGAUGUCAGCAUGGAUUAUAUUGCUUCUCCAGAAGACCAAAGGGAUUUUGGUUAUGUUACUGUGAGUUCAGGAGCCGUUCUACAACAAUACGGAUGGAUGUCUGCCUCUCAAUCUACAGAGACCAUAUCACCUCUGGGUUCUGCAGCAGGUUUUUCUUUGGACAGUGAUGACUCCACCGAGUCAGGGAUGAAGGAGUCAGACCCUCAAGACAGCCUCAUGCAAGGUUAUGACUUGAAGCUCCAGAAGGAGAUGAAGCAGGAAGAUGUAGAUUCAAGACUACAUCAAGAUAAACUCAAAGAUAUGGCAAGUGGGCCAGAAAAAGUUAAAGAAACAGAUCAAGAAAUGAAUGAGGAGACUGAGAUAAACGCAGAUGAUACAGCAGAGUGUUCAGAAGAGCUUGUGAUCGCUAAAGUCGAGGACUUCACGAACGAAAUGCCGAUUGAUGAUGACGACUACGCUGGAGAGUACAGUGGCAGGAUAGAGGUGGAUGAGCCACAAAAUGCAGAAACACCGACAGACAAUGAUGACAAGGACGGGAAGAACUCAUCUGGAACGCAAACACAGCCAGCAUUAAAACUCAAGAGAAAGCCUGCCAGUGAUCCACCUGUGAAGAUCAAGGAUGAACCAAUAGAUGAUGAGUGUCGGAAGGCUCCUAAGACUCCAGUGCGAAAAAUUAAGAAAAAGGACUUUAACAAGACGCCUAAUGAUGAGAUGAAUAUCCAUGCGGCAUUGUCUCUGAGAAGAAAAGCCUCAUCUGUUGGAGCUUUAGCCACUGCCACAGUCUCCAUUCCCAGAAAAAACCCUUUCAAGCCCGUUGGUCUGUCAUGUGCAGGCUGUAAAAAAAUCAUACUGAAAGGACAGACGGUCUUCCAGCGCAGAGGCUCUCCUAAAAUCUACUGCUCACUUCAGUGUCUCUGCGUCACCUCUGCUAUUGUGGUCAAGAAGAAAACAUGUCACCACUGCCUAAAAGAGAUUUCGGACCCGAAGGAUGUGCUUUUUGCCCCAGUGGAUGCGUCAGGAAGUGUAAAGGAAUUCUGCAGUCAGACAUGCAUUAAUGCUUUUAACUUCAGGUGCAGCGUGUGUCAGAGGACAGGUGUGAUUCAUGUUCACGAGGUGACGUACAAGGGCUCUAUCCUUAAGCUGUGCAGCGACAGCUGUUUUAACAAGUUUCGCUCUUCCAAUAAUCUGACUAUGAGCUCCUGUAUGAACUGCGGUGGGUACUGCAAUAACACCAAUGGUUCGUGUCCCACGCUGUUGGUAGAGGGCAAUGCUUUCAAGUUCUGCACCCAAAAUUGCCUCACAGUCUACAGAAAGAGGCGUCUCCAAAGUGUCGCCUGCAAGAUGUGUAGUACCACGCGCCCGGCUGCAGAAAUGGUGAACACUCUUAAUUUGGAGGGCGUCAAAGAGUUUUUCUGCUCUGCGUCCUGUGCCGUGGCGAGUAAAAAAGUCCAAACGGCCACUUCUUCAGACACUGCUGUGGAAUGCAAAAACUGCAAGAUAAUUGCAGAACCGCAGUAUCAUCAAGCCUUGUGUGAUGGAACCGUUCAGAACUUCUGCUCCUUUUCCUGUGUAGUGUGUCAUCAGACAUCGUUAAACAAGUCAAAAUCUUGCAAAGAAACAAAUGCCUCAACAAGAAAAAGCGCACCUACCCUGACCCCACCUGCCCCCAAACCUGCCCCUGCCGAGUCCAGCUCAUCAGUGAAGAACGGCUCCUCUAGUAGACCGGAUAAUUCGGUCACCAGACUCCCUUGUGCUCAAUGUCUGCUGUCAUUCAUCCACAAGCCACAGCUUUUGGAGUUCGAGAAAAAAAUGUACAUUUUCUGUCACAACACUUGUGUCAAGGAGUUUGAAAAAGCAAACAAAAUCACAGCUCGCUGCGAAUACUGCAAGAACGUUAAAGCUGUGAAAAUUGUGAAAAGGAUAAACAAAGUUGACCGAACUUUCUGCGGGCAGAAAUGCAAGUUACUCUUUGAGGAAAACCUGGUGAAGGACUGGGGGAUGAAACACUGUCGUGACUGCUUUUACUGUGACGCUGCCUCUAAGAAUCUAGUGACCGGGGUUUUUAAAGAUAAGGAGGAGGAGUUUUGCGGAAAGCAAUGCUUGAUGAAAUACACCUCUAUGGUCCGUCAGGAAAUGAAGUGUGCAAUGUGCAGGCAGGCCAAGAAGAUGACUGAGACUGUAAAAUGGCUGGGUGAGAUGAAGCAUUUCUGCUGCCUGCGCUGUCUGAUGUUCUUCUGCAGUCUGCAGGGCGUCACUAAAGCUGAAAGGAAAUCGCUGCCUGCACGAGGUGCAACCUUAGCAUCCUCUGCAGUUCAUAAGGGCAUCAAAGAGGCCAGGACACCCAUUUCUGCCAAUGUUAGAUUACUCUCGGAUACAGCCAAUGGACAGCCAGAUGUCUUGGGAAGCACAGAUUUAGAUGACUCUGUUCCAUCCAUUACUGUAGAGGUUUCGGACGAUGAGAGUUUUCCAGCAAAAAAUGUCAAUAAACAGAAAUGCACAGUGAGGACUUCUGGCCCGCCACCCCGAAUCCAAAAGCGCAAGAACAAAGCAGCGUCAUGUAAACCCAACACCCGUGAUGCUGAGACGCAAAGUGAUGAAACGCCUAAAGUGAUAGUGCUUCCUGUGCCAGUCCCUGUGUAUGUGCCAAUUCCCAUGAACCUCUACUCACAAUACGUUCCUCAGUCUGUGGGGUUACCACUACCAGUUCCAGUGCCCUUGUUUUUCCCCACAACUCUGGACAGUGCUGAGAGCAUUGUGCAGACCAUCCAGGAAAUCAAAGAGAAGAUCCCUGAAAAUCCCCUGGAGGCUGAUCUCAUCAUGAUGGCUGAGAUGGUGGCUGAGGAUACAGAGAAGGAGAAACAAAUCACAUCUAAUGACCAGGCUGGUAACAUAAUGGACGACCUUGAUUUGGAAGAUCUGUCCAGCGGUCUAAGUUGGGAAGAGGAUUCUGUUUCUUCUGCCCAGACAUUGGAUCAAAACACAGAGCUUGAAAAGCCUCCAUCCAAAUCUGCUACACUGACUCUUAUCUCCACCCCAAAAGAAGAGCCACAGAUGGAUCUGGAGGCUGAUUUUCCAGUCGAAAGCACUGUGCUUUUAAAAGAGGAAACACAGCAGCAGCAGAUAUCAGAUUUUGUCAAACGGAGACCUCGCAGGAAAGUCAGUGAAGGCUACGCUCAAAAGAAACGGGUCAGUAAGUGUGCAGCAGCAGUGAAAGACACAUCAGCCGGCCCAACUAACCUCUCUAAACUGCAACACAAGUAUGGUGUCAGUGCCUGGAUGAACUGGGUUCGCUGGAGAAACACCCAACUCCACUUGGAGACUCCUAGAUAUGGCUUACGAAGCAUGAGACUGAAAGAGGACUUGUUAAAGUGUAGCACUGCCGAGUUGAGCUACGGCCUUUGCAGGUUCAUCGCUGAGGUCCGUCGACCCAAUGGAGAGAAAUACAGCCCUGAUAGCAUCUUUUAUCUCUGCUUGGGCAUCCAACAGCACCUGUUUGAGAAUGAUCGGAUGGAGAACAUAUUCGCAGAUGUCACAUUCUGCCAGGAUAUGACUGACAUGCUCAAAGGAUGGACACCAACUCUUUUGCCCAGUGGUUCUGUUUAUUCUCGAAUAGAGGAGGAGUACCUGUGGGACUGUAAACAGUUGGGGGCUUUCUCACCUGGCGUGCUGCUGAACACGCUGCUUUAUUUCUUCACCAAGUUCUUCAACUACAAAACUGUAGAGCAACACCGUCGCCUUUCUUUUGGCCACUUCAAGCGUUCCUGUCGUGACCAGGGCAGCACCAGUGUGGUCUAUUUAAGUUUUUAUCCCCACAAAGAAGACACAAGCAUAGAUAGCGUUCCAGCCAAAAAGAGGAAGAAAGAAGAUGAAAGGGGAAAGGUGCUAAGGAUAAGAGAGAAUACCCAGAAUCCCUUCCGCUGUCCGGUUCGGCUGUACGAGUUUUAUGUCUCGAAAUGCCCCCCCGGUGUAAGACAUCACACAAACGUGUUUUAUCUGAACCCUGAAAGCUCCUGCGUGCCAAGCAGCCCCACAUGGUUCUCCGCAUCGUCACUGAGCGAUGAGGCUCUGGAGAGCAUGCUCACGCGCAUCCUCACAGUCAGACAGCUGCACCUGCAGGAAAACACCUCGCUCCUCGAAUCAGAUUUUGACAGUGACUCGGACUGAAAAACAGGCCACCAGGGGUCACUGGCACAGGAAGUAGCCAAACUUUCAUUGGAAUGAAUGAACCAUGUCGCUCUGCCACUGCUAGUCGCUAGCAGUGUGAACGGGGUGUAAAUGACUGUGAAGCAGUAGAGGUGUGUCGUGGGAAUAGAUUUCUCCUGGAUGAUCCUAUAUUGGCGUUGAUUUCAAUUUUGUUGGUUAAAAGAAGCAAAUAGUUUUUCUUGUGUAUUCUUCAAGUGUUAUAAUUUUAAGAGUGCGUUCACUUUAUACUUAACCUAGCAAUUUUUUUUUAUAUAAAUAUGGAGAUUCUGUCAGAUGAUGAUGAUGUUUGUGAAGGUGUAUAAGGGCUUAGAGCACAAUGCUAGAGGUUGUGUGGUGCAUCAUUACACCCAAAUAUUUUAAUGCCAUUGAGUAUUGGUAAUACAUUGAAACACUGAAGACAUUGGCAGGACCGGUGUUAAAACAUGUUAACGGUGAACGAGUGAAGGGUCUUGUUCAUUUCAAACACUAUUUUGAGUAUGUAAAAUGUUUGUUUUAUUUUUUUAUCAGAAACUGUGCUAGUCCAAAUAGAUGGAAUGAGUUUCUGACAUUUCAAACAAGACCAAAAACAAAUCUACAAAUGUCUGUUUUUGUCUUAUUUUCUUUGUAAAUCGUUGUAAAAGUUUUGUUCAUUGCUGACAUUUUUUGUCUGCUUUAACAACCUCUCCAUUUAAAGUUUGAGUCGUGUAAUGAGGGAUGGAAAUAUGUAAUGUUAUGCAAAUACUCAAACAUUCACACAUGGAUGAUUAUAAGACACAAACACAUUUAGAAAAUACAACUGUAUGCAAAAUUAGUUGGCAAACCUUUUUUUUUUCAAUUUAUUGCAUUAUUUUGUGUCUAUUAAAUCUAUUUGGAUAUAAUUUAAUUCAAAA